AUGGUUAGCAGUGCGUUGAACUAUGCAAACAGACUAAAAACAAACAACAACAAGGGCCCACUGGGCCAGGUGGAGUUGUUUGACACCAGUGCGCAGGUGUCGAAGAAGACGAGUCUCCUGUACGACUUUAUGGUCGAGUCGGAAAUGGCAAUAGUACACACAGGAGCUGGUGUCUCAACUGGGUCAGGAAUACCAGAUUUUAGAGGACCCUCGGGAAUUUGGACGAUUAUGAAUACAAGUAAAGAAGAGGAGGAGGACGAAGGAGAGUGUUCAGAUAACACAAACGAGGGGCAAGUGGCUAAAAGGAGAAGAAGGCCCAGAAAAAAAUUGACAGACGCAAACUGUAUACCAACAAGAAAAAUGGUAGUGGAGGAGAGGAUUGUCACGCGCAGUAAAGCAAAAAAUAGGGAAAACGACGAAGAAAGUAACACGAGCUCAUCGCAGAAUACGGAAACCAUUAGUAACCAAAGUACCCAAGAUGACAACAACACAAACACUGACGCCAAUUACAACACUGACAGCGAUAACAUUAACAGCGCUGACAUUAACAGUGCUGACAUUAACAGUGCUAACACUGAUCCCAAUGGCACCAACUAUAACAACGCCUCUGGCAAUCACACCACUGCUAAAGACGGCACAAUAAGUAACACUGACAACAUCAACACCAGUGUAAAUGGCACGAGCAUCAGUGAACACAGUAAGGGGAAGCGUGGCUGCAAAAAAAGGAAUGUCGACAGCAGCACAAAUUAUGCUUCCAACAACAACAUCAGUACCACUAACAACACCAAUAACAAUGGCACAAAAGGCAUUGACCCUAACACGCACAACAGUAACGCUAAUAACAUGAAUGGAGUAAACAAAGGUGUUGAUUCCAAAGGGGAAAGUAAUGCCCAGGAGGUUCCAAAGAGGAAGAGAGGCCGACCAAGGAAAAGUAAACGGAUUGAGGAGAAUAUUAAGGACGAAGCUGAAAGUCAGGAACCAGAGGAAAAGUAUAAGAACAAGUUGCCAGAUAUUUGUAAGCCUGAUGAUACUUGUAAGGCUGAAGGUAUGUAUAAGGACGAUGGUAUUGCUAUGGCUGAUGAUACUUGUAAGGACGAUAUUUAUAAGCCUGAUGGUAUUGCUAAGGGCUACAUUGCUAAAAACGAUGAAAAGGUAGAGGAAGAGAACGAGAACGUGAAGGAGGAAGAAGUGAAGCGGGAGUCAGAUGGAUCAGAGUGUGGAGAAGUGAAUAAAAGCGAGUACGUGGUCUACGGGAACAAGAAGACGAAGGCAGUGGAGUUUAUACUGGCGCUGCCAUCAGAAGCGCACCUGUGCAUACUGCAGCUGCUCAAAAGUGAAAAGAUAAAGUUCAUAAUAACGCAGAACAUAGACGGACUCCACUCGCUCUCAGGAGUGCCCUUCAACAAGCUGGCGGAGCUCCACGGCAACGUGUUCGUGCAGAGGUGCUUGCACUGCGCAAGAAGGUUUCAGAGGUCAUACGUGGCGCCAACGAUAUCGUUCCACGCAACGGGAGACCUGUGCGGGUUGUGCUCAUUUCCACCAUUGAACCUGCUGACGGAUGUGGUCCUGGACUGGUUUGACUGCUACGAGGAGCACUUUGAAAACAUAUCGACGAGGAAGGCAGAAGAGGCGGAUUUUCACCUGUCGCUAGGAACGUCACUGCACAUAGAGCCAGCAUGCCACUACGCAUCCAACGACUACCACAGGAAGUUGGAUGCGCCGCUGGUCAUAGUAAACUACCAGAGCACGAAGCUAGACCCGGAAUCGGAUUUGAUCAUACACGACGACGUCAACAAGGUCUGCAGCUCACUGCUGAAGAAGUUCGACAUGCAAAUCCCAGUCUUCAAGAGAAAGUCGCACCUGAUAGUGCUGAAGCACCAAGUCAUGGACAACAACUGCGUUAUGAUAAUAAAAAUGUCGUCAAUAAGCACAAUGAGAAUAGUGACGGAACAAAGAGGAACCCCGGAGUACGCGGACAGCAUGAAAAACGUAAUGGAAGACCCGCCGAGUGGAUUCAAGGACGGAGUGGAGUGGGAGUGCGUGAACAAGGUUCAGGGGACUUACAAGUUCACGUUUAACAAGAACUUUUGGCUGAGGCUGACGCUCUUUUACGAAACACAGGUGAUUGUUGAGGUGCCAUAUGAACGAGUUCCGUUGUUCAAAGCGGAAAUAUGGGAAUUUGAUAUAUGCGCAACCAAUGGAUCGAAGCUGAAGGAGGAACCUAAUACAUUUACACGAGAUAAGUUUAAAAAGAAGACGACGACUAAAGGAGAAGAAUUGGGAAAACCUAUAGUGUUGAGCGACGAUGGUUUGAAUAACGACUACGAUGGAGACGAUGAACAAGAUGUAAAUGGAGAUGAGUACAGUAGAGGUGCGCGUCGUAGCAGUAGGCUGCGUAACAGUUAUGAAAGUAAAGCACAGCUCACAGAUAAAAGAGGAAUCUAUGACACAAGUAAAUAUAGAAUAACCAACUAUAACGAAAGCGGCUAUAACAUAACGAGUUAUAAGAGAAGCACAAAUAAAAAAAGGAGUAAUAAGAAAAGUGAUAAUGGAAAAGAUAUAAACAGAGAUGCACAGUUUGAAAGUUGGGAAAGAGGAAAACCAAGUAUGAUAAAGGGAAUGGAUACAGCAAAUAGCCUGAUAGUGAUCCACGAAAUGAAAAUAAAAUUUAACUCGAAACUGAUAGAUGAGUUGCCAUUUAGAAUGGUGGGAUACCUGGACCUGAUCAACAAUAGGUCGGAAGAAUACGAGGAGUAUAAAAUGCGAGACAGCAUGAUAAUGCUGUCAUACCUCUGGGGAAGUAGUAAGAUACAACAAGUACAGAAGGUGCACUACCCAGCAUCGAUGGUGGAAAGUUACCUUAACGUGGCGAGGCAGUCAGAAGAAGAGUUUAAAUCAGACAGAAGUAGCGAAAACGACGAAGAUAAACUAGUGAAUAAUAGUGAGUCUGAAGAGGAAGAUAAGAAUAAAGGAAGAAAAGCUAGAGGGACCCUGGAAAAAAGUAAAAGGAAAAAGAGGAGAUACGAAGACGACAGCGACUACGAAAUGAGCUCAGAAAGUUCAUACAGUGAAUCGAGCAUAGACCACUACAGUGAAGAAGAAGAAGGAAAGGACAGUAAAGGAGGAUCGUUACGAAGUGACGAGGAAGAAGGAGAAUGCGACCAGAAGACACUGGACUUCAUCAAUCACUACCCGAUUAAAGCGGAAAACGCGUACGACUCGAAGGACAUCCUGAAGACGUACUACGACAACUACAUAAAGACGACCUCGACUGCACACGACACGACGAACGGGCCGAGCAGUAGCGAGCAGGGAACGAUAAAGAAGAAGUCGAAAAUAUGGAAGGAGAUGCUGGACGCGAGCAAGAUCAACGAGCUCAUCGUCAAGAAGUCGAUAAGGCUGAGGCUGAUCACCAUGAGGAACAACAAGCUGACUGCGGACGUGGACAGGCUGCACCUGGCCAAGUACUACCUCUCACUCGGCUCAUCGCUGCCGCUGAAGCUCUUCGUGUCCAAGCACGCGCGGCUCGGAUACCUGGUCGACAAGGUGCCGAGGGAGGUUAUCCGCGAGCAGGAGAUCUACAUUCCCGAGAAGCUCCUGAUGAUAAGGAGGAACGACAUUCUCGGCCUCCGCGUGAACGUGUUCGAGCUCAUGGCCUACAACGUGAUAAAGCGCAGCUGCGACUUCGCACAGGUGGAGAACUACGUGAUUGUGCGUCUGUUCUACCAGCACCUGCCCCUCUGGAUCGUGAAGUACCUGUCUGACCUAUUUGAGUGUCGCUAG